AUGGUGUUCAAUUCAGUCUCUUCCCAACCCGAAACCAUACCCGAGCCCGACCCGAAACCAGAUUCCAUGGCCUCCACUGUGCCUUCCAAGUCUCUUGUCCACCAAGCCCAAAACCAUGGCCUCCCUUUGCCCCAGUUGAAAUGGGCCAUGAGCAACAACACCACCACCACCAAAAGCAACGAAAACAACAAGACCAGCACGAAAAGCAGCGGAAAUAACAACCCUUCUCUGCAACUGAGCAGCAACACCAAACUCGCACAGCUUGACCCGGUAGCUAAGCAGCCCGAGCCCAAGUCCUCCAAUGUCGAAAAAGAAGCCGACCCAAUUCCCGCCACGGAAGUGAUCGACGGCCCGGAGACACAGAAGCCAAAAUCGACUGCUGAGGAUAAGAAAUCGAAGAUUUGCAUCCGGAUUCGGAGCAAAGAAAAGGCUGCUGUGGUGCCUGAGCCUGAACCUGAACCUGAACCGGAAAAUGAAAAAGAGAGCUCUGUUGCUGCUGCUUUAGCAGCGCUGGAGGAUGAAGAGACGAUUCAGAAGACUUGGAAUCUCAGGCCCAGGAGACCGGUGCCUAACGCCAAUGGUCGUGCUGGUGCAUUGAAGACUGGUGCACCGCUGGUGCAGCAGAACAAAACGGAGGUGGCUGGGGGCUCUUCUAAAGCUGGAGGCAAAGGUGCUCAAAAGAAGGACAAUAAACUGAAUAUAUUGGUUUCUUUAACAAAAGAAGAGAUUGAGGAGGACAUUUUUAUUAUGACUGGAGCCAGGCCAUCCAGGCGCCCAAAGAAGAGAGCUAAGAAUGUGCAGAAACAGCUUGACCAUCUGUUUCCCGGGUUGUGGCUGAAUUCAGUAUCUACCAAUUCCUACCAGGUUCCUGAAACUCCAUUGAAGGUGAAAUCUUAUGAAUCCUUUGAGAAUUUGAAUAUGCUGCUUUCAGGAUUAGAUGGGAUGAGGCUGCUUUUAGUUAAAUGUUUGGCGGCGAUUUUGAAGACUUGUGAACUGCUCUAA